GGUAUGAGUGGGAAGCCAGAUGGGCUUGAAGAUGGCAGUGGCAAUUCAAACGAUGUGGGCAGCUCAAAAAACAAGAACAGCAGUCAAAAUAAAGACAGAGAUGGGUACAGCAUUGAUAUAAACGAAAUCGAAGCGGAGUUGAUGAAAGAAGAGAAUGAGUUGGGCAGAGAUAUAGAGAUAUCGAGAAUCAUUAAUUGCUUCAAGUUGGAUUCCUAUUCGAUAUUGGAAUUGCAGCCAGGGGUGUCGUUGAAGGAUAUUAACCAGAAAUACAGGAAAAAAUCGCUAUUAAUCCAUCCAGACAAAAACAAGAACAAUCCCAAUGCCGCCAUUGCAUUUGACAUAUUGAAAAAAAACCACUUGAAUUUGACUGAUGAAAAAUUGAGAAAAAACUUAGACCAAAUCUAUGAAGAUGCGAGAAAAUUAAUAGUCCGGGAGGAGAAGAUCUCUGUUAAUAAUACAAACUAUUUCAUUUCCGAGGAGUUUUCGAGCAAAUUGAAAAACAAAGUGAAGGAGAUAUUGAUCGAGGAAGAGUUCUUGCGGCGAAUGGAAAUAAAGGAAAACAUCAAUAAAGAGGUGUUAAAAAAGCAGAAAUUAGAGCAAUUGAAGCAGGAGAGGUUGUUCAAAAAGAAGCAAGAGAAAAACUGGGAGGACAAGCGAGAGGAAAGAGUGUACAAUUGGAGAAAGUACUUGAAGGAAAACGAGAAGAAGAAGAUGAAGAUGAAAAAGAAAAACAAAAACCUCGAAAAGAAGAUCAAGUUGUUAGCAUAAGAACCAUAAAUACAUAACGAUGCGAUAACCUAACACGGAAAGCGCAAAACCCGUAGAACAUCGGCC